AUGCACCCUUGAUUCAUUCGUUUACUCACGAAAAGAGCCAAAUCAGAGUUGCAUGGACACAAAACAUGCAACAUAACAUUAGCAACUCAAAGUCAAUGAGGAGAGAUCACAUAACAUUAGCAAAACUCGUAUCAGAUGGCUUCUACAGAGAAGCACUCUCCCUCUUCUCCCACCUCCAUUCUUGUUCUUCCCACACCCUUCACUCUUUCACCUUCCCCACUCUCUUCAAAGCAUGCACCAACCUCCGUUCCCCUUCCCACACCCAAACCCUCCAUGCCCAUCUCCUCAAAACCGGUUUCCAUUCCGACCCUUAUGCUUCCUCCGCCCUCACUGCCGCCUACGCCGCCAACCCUCGCCAUUUCCUCGACGCACUCAAGGCGUUCGACGAAAUGCCCCAACCAAACGUCGCAUCUCUAAAUGCUGCACUUUCUGGCUUCUCGCGAAACGGGCGUCGCGGAGAAGCUCUCCGGGUGUUCCGGCGAGCUGGGUUGGGCCCCUUGAGGCCCAACUCGGUCACUAUUGCGUGCAUGCUCGGCGUUCCUCGUGUGGGUGCCAACCACGUUGAGAUGAUGCAUUGCUGCGCGGUGAAGUUAGGGGUUGAAUUUGAUGCCUAUGUUGCCACCUCGCUUGUAACUGCGUAUUGUAAGUGUGGAGAGGUGGUUUCGGCUUCUAAGGUGUUUGAGGAGUUGCCUGUUAAGAGUGUGGUGAGUUACAACGCUUUCGUUUCGGGUUUGUUGCAGAAUGGGGUUCCUCGUUUGGUGUUGGAUGUGUUUAAGGAGAUGAUGAGGGGGGAGGAGUGUGUGGAGUGCAAACUCAAUUCAGUGACGUUGGUGUCUGUUCUUUCUGCGUGUGGUAGUCUACAAAGUAUUCGUUUUGGGAGGCAGGUUCAUGGGGUUGUUGUGAAACUUGAAGCAGGUGAUGGGGUUAUGGUGAUGACUGCACUUGUAGAUAUGUAUUCAAAGUGUGGUUUUUGGCGUUCUGCUUUUGAGGUUUUCACAGGGGUGGAAGGGAAUAGGAGAAAUUUGAUCACUUGGAAUUCCAUGAUUGCGGGAAUGAUGUUAAAUAAAGAGAGUGAGAGAGCUGUUGAUAUGUUUCAAAGGCUGGAAUCUGAAGGGUUGAAGCCUGAUUCAGCUACUUGGAAUUCCAUGAUCAGUGGGUUUGCACAACUAGGGGAGUGUGGGGAAGCUUUUAAGUACUUUGGGCAAAUGCAGUCUGUUGGUGUGGCUCCAUGUUUGAAAAUUGUUACUAGCCUUUUGUCAGCAUGUGCAGAUUCAUCUAUGUUACAGCAUGGAAAAGAGAUACAUGGGUUAUCUUUAAGAACUGAUAUCAAUAGGGAUGAUUUUUUGGUAACUGCUCUGGUUGAUAUGUACAUGAAAUGUGGGCUUGCUUCUUGGGCACGAGGAGUUUUUGAUCAGUAUGAUGCAAAACCAGAUGAUCCGGCAUUUUGGAAUGCAAUGAUUGGUGGGUAUGGAAGAAAUGGAGACUAUGAGUCUGCCUUUGAAAUCUUUGAUGAAAUGCUGGAAGAAAUGGUUCGACCAAACAGUGCAACAUUUGUCAGUGUUUUAUCUGCUUGCAGCCACACGGGUCAGGUUGAUAGAGGGUUGCAUUUUUUCAGAAUGAUGAGAAUAGAGUAUGGCUUGCAGCCAAAGCCUGAGCAUUUUGGUUGCAUAGUUGAUCUUUUAGGUCGGUCUGGUCGAUUGAGUGAAGCUCAAGACCUGAUGGAGGAAUUAGCAGAGCCUCCUGCAUCUGUUUUUGCUUCUUUGCUUGGUGCUUGUAGGUGUUACCUAGAUUCCAAUCUUGGGGAAGAAAUGGCCAAGAAGCUUCUAGAUGUAGAACCAGAAAACCCUGCUCCUCUGGUGGUAUUGUCUAACAUAUAUGCUGGACUGGGAAGAUGGAAGGAAGUAGAAAGAAUAAGAGGGGUGAUCACGGAUAAGGGACUGGACAAACUCUCUGGCUUUAGCAUGAUAGAACUUGCAUGAAAAAUACUUAAACAGUAAAAAUUAAAAUAAAAUGUUUUCUCAGAUAACAUAAGAGUUUGUUACGUUUGGAAUGUUUCAUCUAUUUAAACUUCCAUAAAAUCACUGAUUCAACAUCUCUUUCACCGCAAAUCCAUAGUAAUCGUCAAAAUUGUAAGGAGGUUCGGUGACAAAACAAGAGAUCACAUCUCUCAGUGUAAUGACUCCAACUACUUCAUCCUGCCCAUCUACUACAUAAAUCCUGUGAAUAGACUGAGAAGCAAGAGUAUGGAUCACACCCUGCAGUGUUGAGUCAGGCUUGCAUGUUAUGGAUUGGGUAACUUUUCCAGUUUGAAGGGAUGACGAGACAAUUUUGUUCAUGAAAUUCAUCACAGUCAACUUCCUGAAAGUCAAAAUAGAGGAGCAGUAAAGGAGAACAUUUCAGUUAAGCAAUUAGUUCAGUUACAUGUUACAAGCUUCUGUAAUGACCAGAGGUGCACUUAUUGUUUGUUUUCCUCAAUUUUAAAAAUGAAAAUCACCUCAUACA